AAUUCUUUUCCACAUGUGAAGGGAAUAAUUAAGGUUGUAAAAAAGAUGAAACGUGCUUCGGCUAUUAUUGGCUGGCAACAGUCAACCGGCCAGUUAAGCUCUUGAUAAAUAAAGAAACUCACCUCUGUCAAGCACAACCCCUCCUCCUGUUAUCAACGAAACACAGUUGCAACAGACCAAUAUCUGCAAUUUAAAUUCCAAGCACAGCAAAGUUUCAGCUCAUUGGCCUCAAAAGGCAUACAGAGAAAUUCUCUAAAGUCGGAAGGUGGUGUCGACAAAUUGUUACACCGUUGGAAAGGGAAGUCCGAUUAUAAGUUGGAACAGCUCAAGAGAAGCUCUCAUUAGAUCUCACCACAGAAGCUUCCUCCACUUGAUUUACGGAACUCUGCAAACUUUUUGAAAUGGAGAAGAUUAAUGCUUCUGCUGGUGCAUGUGAUGCGCCACUUGGCAUAAUUUGAUAAGAGUGCCUUAGCUUCAGCUUGCCCAGCAUAGAAAGAAGGCGGAAAAUCAUCCAGAGAGUAGUUUUUCCGGUUGCUUUCACCGGAGAAGAUGAAAGCGUCUCCGGCCAUCCAAAUGGUACCCGAGCCGUUUCACCUCCUCGAGAUCACCAUCAUCUCCGCGCAGGACCUGUACCCAGCGAACCGAUCGAUGUCCACCUACGCGGUGGCGUGGGUCCAGCCGGACCGGAAACUCUGCACCCGGGUCGACUCGGGAAGCCACACCAACCCGCAGUGGAACGACAAGUUCAUAUUCCGAGUCGAAGAGUGGUUUCUCCGGAACGAGACGUCCGCGGUCAUGGUGGAGAUCUACUGCGCCGGGUGGCUCAGGGACUCCCUUAUCGGCUCCGUCCGAGUCCUCAUCGGAAACCUCCUCCCGGCCAAGGGCGGCGGCCUCUUCGCGGGUAUGCGUUUCACCGCCCUCCAGGUCCGGCGGCCGUCCGGCCGGCCCCAGGGGAUCCUCAACCUCGGGAUCGCUGUCCUCGACGUGUCGCUUCGGAGCGUACCGCUCCAGCUGAACCCUGCGAUAGGGUAUCGGGAUCUCACGGGGGAGAAUAUCCUGCAUCUGCGGAGGACGAAGAGCGUGUCGGAGGUCGGGUCGGUGGUGAAAGGAAAGGCGGAGUUGGUAGUGGACACGGUGGAAGAAUCGGAGAUGAUGGCGGCAGACAAGGCGUCGUCGGCUGAUGGCGCAUCGGUAGCAGGCGUCGCGGAGGAGUUCUUUCCGGCGGAGGUGGGCAGCUCGGUGUUGGAGGACUGGAGCGUGGCGAGCAGCGGGGGAAAGGAGGAGUUGAGGCUGAAGCUCGAGCGGUGGCGGAGCGAGUUCCCGACUGAGUUCGAUCGAGAUGGUGGUGGUUUUGAGACGCCAUUCGGGCGGCAGGCGUCGGGGAGAAGGACGGCGAUCGCCACAGAAGAGGAGGGUGAUGGUCCUGCAUGCGUGUGUUCUGUCUCUUGUGGGUUGAAUCCCAGGAAGAAGAAGAAGAAGAAGAACACCGGCGCCGGCGGAGUCCGCCUAAGCCCGUCGACUCCGUCGUUUGAAUAGUCGGACUCAGAUGCGGAAGGGAUAAAUAACAGGAGAGGGACAAAGAGAGAUCUGAUUAACUGAUAUCAGAGCUAUUCUCAUAGGCAUCGGAUGGCCGGCCAGUGCGGAUUCCGGCACGUUUUGCGAGAGAGAGAGAGAGAGAGUGGCGUGGUUGAUCUUCAGUGAUUCCUCACGCACCGAUCACCACUACGUGCGCUCUGUAUUUUUCAAUUACAUUCUUCGCCGACACCCGUUUUAAUUGCUUGUACUCUAUAUCGCAUUCAAUUUUAUUCAUUCAAAACAA